AUGGCGAAAAUUCACUGUCAUUCUUUACUUUCUGGGAGCUCAUGGAGUUCCUUCGAAGAAAAUUCGCCUUUGGACGAAACCGAAGGUAGGUGUAACUAUCAUGCCGUCGAUCUGUAUCCUCAUUUGACUCUAUAAACGCAAAGGAAACUUUUUUUAGGGGAUUUACCGUGUAUAAUUUUUCCACGAUAGCAAUGGAAGUGGACGAAAACAAUGGUUUGGGCUCUCCAGAAGCCACGCGAUUGCACCAAGAAGGUAGGUAGCGUGACUUUUAAAGGCUAUAUUUACUCAGAAAAAUCAGAUAUUGUUGCACAAAAUACCAAGUAGUUUGUUCCGCCCUGGGCAAAAAUUACUAUAAGCGAACUGUUAUGCACAGGUUGAAAGUUAGCUUAAUUAGCAUGAGAUAUGUCGUGCUAACUGCAUGCGUGCACCCCUUAAAAGAGCGCUGUCUUAAAUAGAGUUAGCUGUUCAUCUGAAACUUCAACAAUGGAGGAAGUGAAUACUUGGGUUUCUCUAAACAAACAGCGCCAAAUCAAACGUGCUUUAAUUUUUGGAGUGGCUUACGCGUUUAUUAAUAAUGUAAGCGGUACAUGAUUAACUUUUUAUAUGCUUUUAUGCUUUGAUCCUAGAUAUGACCCUUUUCGGGAUUUGCCCAGAGCAAGAGGAAAUUGUCCUUGUCGUUUGCAAAGAGUGUGGCAGGGUUGUGAAAGCGCCGGCAUUUUUACGGCAUUGUGGUUAGUGCAUUCAUAAUAAUAUUACACCUUUAUCGAGCUUAAGUGACAAAAGCUCUACAAAUGUCAUAACAUCUGGCAGUUCCAAUGAGUAAACCAUUAUAAACGCUAGGUUGAUUCCAUAUUCUGGUAACGUUUUCCAUCAAACUGAAACUUGACCGUUUAUAAAUAGUUUUUACUCCACUUCAUAUACAAAAAUGGAGUGUGAUGUUGUUUUUGAAAUUGAAUCUAUAUAAGCUUUAAUUUUGAAAUUAUUCUCUGUGCUAAUUAUAUUGUUUUAAUUUUCCUGGCCAUAUCUUGUGUGACCCAUGAUAAAUUCAAGGGAGAAUUCACUGCAAGGUUGUCAUUGGGAAAUUGAACCUUGACAGAAUUCUCCACCUAUAAUGCAGAAUUUCUGGUUUAAAUUUUUAGCUAUAAAUAUUUUAAAUUCAGACCUAGAAAGUUGUCUACUCUUCCCUUUUGCUAUUUCUUAGCAAAAUCCGUAUCACUGCACCUUCUGAAACAUGAAAAAAUUGUUUCACCAUAUAGUUGAUACCCAAUUCAUAUACCAUUGAGUCGGCCAAUAAUCAGGGAUAUCAUUUAAUGGAAGACUUUGUCAGCUUUUGUUUUGAGUCUACGGGAAAGAAAUUUCUGUAAUGACACUCAUGGCAGACAAAGCUUUCCACAGUGUUUAUGAUUCCUAAUUGUUACCCACAUUGUUAUAAAUUAGUUGAGUAUAUCCUUGCCAUUCUUAAUUUAUUGUUUUAAUUUCCUUAGUAAUAACUAUUGUGACCAUUGAUAUAUUCAAACUGGAAAUUAUUGUGUUGAGUUACCAAACAUACUAGGGAACUUUCUUUUUUGUGUGUAAUUGUGAGGUAAAUAUUAUCAAUGGGGUGUAAGACCAUUAUAUAGGGUUUAUCAGCUAGAUUUCUUAAGGGAUGAGUCCUCAAUUAUUAUUUAACAGACCGCUAUCAAUCUUAAUCUAGUUAUAACUUUCCUUGUUUCUAAGUCAUACCUUUUGUUUGAGAACAGGACUAAAGAAAGCUAUUUUUUUAACUUUUUCAUAACUGAGCAAUUUUACUUGUAUUUCUUUGCUGCAUGAUUUUGAUUUAAUAGAAAAUCUGGUCCUUUAUCAGUUGUAAGUGUUGUGGUUAAUGAAGAUAUCAGGUUUAAGUGAUUUCAAACUAGGUGUAUGUUUUCUUUGUAAUCCUUGCCAUUUGAUAAUGUCUUUGGAACAGACAGAAAAUCAAAUUUAACUAGUUUGAAACCUUUUCGGCCAGAAAAUCUUUCAAAACUUCAACAAAUACUAUUUGAAACAUGUGUGGAAUUAUUCAGACCUUUGUAAUUGUAAUGAGAUAAAAAUUCUUUAAGAUCCUGUUAAUUAUGCAUAGCACCAUUAAGUAAUAUAGGCAAACUAGAAGUAUCUUCCAUUAUUAUUUAUCAUUACUCUUUUUCUGAUUGGCUACAUAAGUGGGGAAGAGGGGUGUAAGUUGCUUGAAGCCAGCUUGCCUAGUUCAGAACGUUUUGUGAAGAAACAUGAUUUUUGAUAAUCUUACUGGUUUUUGCUGCUUCAGUGUUGAAGGGAAAUACCACAGGCAUGUACUGAAACAAAAUCUAAACGAAGAAAAAAUAUAUUGAGUUGCAUCCGUUUUCUUUGAAACUGACACAGGUUCUUUAAUGUUAUAUUUUUGCUUUAUAUUGUAUCUUUUAUUCAACUAGCUUGUUUGUCAAGAAGGCUGGAUUUGUUGUCUUAUUUCAGUCUUUUGAUGUUGGAAAUUUAACCCAAAUCCAACCAUGUUAACCUUGGGUUUGAUUUUAAGGGACAGAAAAUAGUACCUGAAUCCUUUAACUCUCAAGAUCACAUUAGUGAUUCUCCUUACUGUCUGCCAUACAGUUCUUGUGAUGUUAGUUUGGAGAAUUUGAUAUUGGAUCAACUUGUAGUCCCCUAAUUGAUAUUUUUCUUUAUUCUCAUCACUUCUUUGCUUGAUAUUGCCUUGAUGCUGUAAGGAGAAAUUCUGUCUUGGUCACUCAUAGGAGUUGAAGGGUUUAAAAAAACGUUGGUGUUGUUAACUGAUCUUGAAAUCUAGUUACCCUUGAUCAUGUGGUCUCUUGAGUUCUACAUUUUGUUGAUUUGUUCCUAUUUUCUAAAGAUCUAGGAUCAGAGGAUGGCCAGUGUAGGUUAGAGCUAUUAUUGUUAGUGUUAGAAAACUUAAUUUUCCAGUCUUUUUUUUCAAACACUGUUGCUGGUGUCUUGGAAAGUGGUAGAUUGUAGCAUUUUUUCAUCCUACAAAUGAAUUGUCCCUCUUUUACACUGCAAUAAAUCAAUAGGCCAUUUCCAAAUUACUUUAGGCCUCUUUUUCAAAACGAGGCCUGGUGCUCAACCAUUCCUAUGAAGAUGAGUAUGAUUUGUAUGUGAAUGAAAACUUUUAAUCACAUGAAAGGAUGAGCACUAGGACUUGCUUUUCAAACAAGGCCAAAGGUAAUUCAGAAAUGGGCUAUUACAAUGCUGGCCAUAUAACAACAAAGGCCUCAAGAAAUAUUUUAAGAAGUUAUGACUUAUCAUGAUAAAUUACUAUUUUACUCUUCCAUUCUUACAGAGCUACACCAUCAGAAAGUUAUUCCUGUUCCCACCCCAUCCUCCCCUGACUUGGUGACAACGUCAAGCUCAAUGGUGGAGACAAUUUUACAGACAGGAUCAAGAAAAGGAAAACCUCAUGACUCAGUCAUUACUAACCAAAAGAUUGAACUAAUGGAUGUCACAGUGAAGAUAGAAGAAAUGCCUUUGACUGUUCCAUGUCUAAAUCAUGGCUUCUCUUCCACUGCUGUUAAGACAGAAGCUCUGAAUAAUGUAAUAGUGAAGAGAAGUCCAAAUGAAAAAGUUACUAGCAAUAAAAAAUCUCCCAGGAAACAGGUUCCUACAAGAGGUAAGUUCCAGUAUGGAAUUAUGGUGCCAUCUGUGUUACAGUCCAAGGUGAAAUGGAUUUGAAUCACAAUAAGUGAUAAAAGUAGUUGGCACUCUUCUCUGUAGUAGGUGGUCUACUAUCACUCAUUCAAUAUAAUAAACAGAAAUCUUGCAAUUAAUCACUAAUAAGUAACUUGAAAGUCCACUCUCCCCCCUUAACCUUUUAACUCCCAAGAUCUGACUGUUAAAUCUCCCCUCCAGCUGCUACAAAUUUCCUUGUAAAUUGGUUAUGAGAAUUUGGUGUUCAUUCAAGAUAAUAUCAUGUACCUGAUAAGUUAGGUUAAUCUCACUACCUGAUUGCUGGAUAAUGUAUGGAUACUAUUGGGAGAUGUUACAUGUUAAUCACUUCUGGGAGUUAAAGGGUUAAGUUAAUCACUGUCCACCAUUUUGAUAAAACCAGGCAAAAUUGAAAUAGGAGAGAUAAAUGAAAGUUAAAACAAAAAAUCGAGUAGUAGAAUGUGCCAAGACUUGGGCUACUCGUUGUAAUUUGAUUUUUGUUUUUAUUGUGAAAGGAUUAUGGUUAUAUAUCUGGAACAAAAAUGAAAACAGAACCCAAUUGCUGAUAGUUAGAAACCAUUUUUCUCUAGAAUAUAGAUGUAACUACCAGUUACAUGUAUAUUAAUUAAACUACUCAAAUGGUUUGAGCUAGGAAGUAACUUUUAGUCGUAAAGUAGAUUCUGUAGGUGAGCAGAGUCCACACAAGAUAAUCAUUUGUGGCUGUGACUCAUGUUUUGACAACUUAAAUGGAGAGCAUCGUUGAAGUAAAGUUUGAAGUUUUCUCUCAGUUAUGGUUUAGUCUGAACAAGAUAACUUUUCUUGUUGAUUGGCACUUCCCAUUCACAACUGAUUGCAAAACCCCUGACUUGGCCAAAUGAUACUUUUAUGAUUAUUAUAGUUUAUUGCUGAAACACUGGUCUGUGGCACGGAGGAAAGGAAAUUAUCACUUAAAAGUAGAAUUUUACUCUGUACACUGUACCUCCAACCUAUUAAGAUUCUUUCUUAAGUCUUGAUUUGCUGGUCCCUUUUAAAUCUUAUUUAGAGUGAAGAUGCUUUGUGACCAGUGUAAGCUAUUUGAGCUCAUUGUUGACUUUGUAUCUAUAAUGUUUUGAAGAACGAGAGUUUGAUGCUGACAAGCAUUGUGGAGUUUGGGUAGCUGAACACCAGAAGAGAUGUACUCGUUCACUAACUUGCAAGGUAAAAAAAAUUCACGUGUUUUUGCAUUUGUUAGUUUUAUUAAUAAUUACAAAGUUUGUAAUGUACCAUCCCCUCCUUGUGCAUCAAAGGUGAAGUAAAACACAGGUUAUUUAUUUUCCCUGAAAUGCAAUAAAUACAAGUGUAUUUAUGUACAAAGCUUGGUCAAGCAUAGUCAAUGCAACCUCUCAUUCCUGGCAGUAAUUAGUGUUUAUAUUAAAUAUGCUUUUUAGCUGAGGGGUAAUGAAAAGUGGGAAAUUAUGUAUUUCAUGGUAUGUUGUCUGAUAUAAACACAUCUUUGGAAUGUUUUGUCAAGAUCUACCAUAAGAUAUGGGAUUUGUAAUUGUAGCUGAAGAUGGGUCAGUGCCGAUAGAGUAUGCUGUCACUGAUCCUAGUUUACCGUUCACUACCAAACCAUGAAAUCACCAUUAGGUAACUCUAAGAUAUACUCAUUUCAGACACAUGCCUUGUCACUGAGACGUGCAGUUCCUGGACGACGGAAACCUUUCGAUGAACUUCUGGCGGAGCAUAAAGCACGAGUAAAUUGUGAAAAGGAACAACAACAGAAUCAGGCUCUCAAGCUGCAAGAGCAGGCGGCAAAUCAGAAGACACUGGAUGCUACUCUUAAAAGAGCAUCAAGUACCUCUGACUCAUCUGUUACUUCAUCUGCAAGCUCAAGGUUUGUGACAUUUCUUUUUGAGACACAUACCACCAGUAGUUUUGCCACAGUCCUCUGGUAAGAACAUCACUUAAGUAUUAAUUUUUUUUUUCUUUUAGUACUAAAAUGCACAUUGGAAGGUCUCUCUCUGUAGAAGGUAGGUUUUGAUUUUGUCUUUUUCACAUUUUUAACGUUUAACAUAUUAAUGUUGAUAGUAGUUUUAGCACAAAAAAUCAAAUUUGGUGCUUAGAAGAUAUUGUUUAUGGUAUAGAUGGACUUGUUUUGCCACUUGUUUUGAAAGAACAGCUCAAAUCUUUGAUGUGUGCUUUAACCCUUUAACUCUCAGAUUAAAUUUGUAAUUCGCCUUACUGUCAACCAUACAAUUCUUAUAAUGUUAGUUCAGAGAAUUUAGUAUUGGAUCGACUAAUUAUCCCCAAAUUGACGUUUUUCUUUAUUCUUGUCACUUAUCUAGUUGAUAUUGUAUUGAUAUUGUAAGGAGAAAUUCUGUCUUGGUCACCCAUGGGGUUAAAGGGUUAAAGGAGUUAAGAUUGCAUCUGGACUUUGGCAAGCAGUAUUAACAUUAUGUAUCUAUCAAACUUCUUUUGAUAACAAUAUUUCAGAUGAAAGCAACCUUGUGAAUAAAGUUGUGAAAGGUUCUUCUGAUGGCAGCACUGAAAAUAGUGAUAGCAGCACAAAAUCAUCUGGUUUGACAACCCUUAGUUGUCAUCCUAAACCUAUGGCGGUAAGCACAGUCACAUCAAUCUGUUUAGGUGCUUGGAAUGACACUUUUCACUCUUAUAACUGUAGUUAUAAUAACUGAAUGUUAGAGUUACCAACUGACUGAUUGGAAACUUGAUCAACUGAUUUUUACUGCCUUUCAUAAGGUAACAGUCAGGACUGACUAUCUGACCAACUGACUAAUUGACUUUGCUAACUUACUGGCUGAGUUACUGCUUGACUUAUUGACUCACAGAAUGAUACACUGACUGACUGACUGACCCCCUUUCACAGACUGACUGACUUAUUUGUUGAAUUGACAGACUGACUGACUGAUUGGCUUUACUAACUUAUUGGCUGAAUGACUGCUUGAUCUACUGGCUGACAGAAUGAUAGACUCACUGUCUGACUCACCUGUUGACUGACUGACUGACUUAUGUGUUAAAUUUAUUGAGUGAAUGAGUGACUGACUAUGUGAAUCACUAACUGAUUUGAUGGACUCACUUGACUGACUCACAGAUUAAUUGACUCUAAUGACCUGAAAAUGGAGGACUGAUUUACCCACUAACUGUUUACUAACUGCUCUAAAAAAUCAACUGACUGACUUUUAGCUAAAAGUUUGACUUAAUGCACUACCAACUAACAACUGGCAACCUACAAUUGUGCAAAGUAACUAUUUUAAUAGACAGAAACACACCUUUGUCUUCCCAACUAGUGUCAAGCUUCUCCCUCUACAACUUGUCUUCCUAAAUUAACCUACUUCACUUUGUUACAGUCUUGUCGCUUUGGCACAAGAGCAGUAGGGAAAGGAGGGUACGUCUUUAAUCGCAGAAGUGACCAUCUUCGAUGUGCUGUUCUUUCCAUGGUAGAGAGAUAUCUAAAUCCUUCAUUGCCAAGGUAGAGUACAAAUGCAAAUUGAGUUUGUGAGGUUUGCUUUUAGGUUUUUUAAGUUACAUAUAGGGUACUUACCCCUAUCCUCUUAUUAAAUCUGCCACAUCUCAGAAGUUUCUAUUUUUUCACGGACUUAUUUUUUUUCAUGUUACACAGGCAAAAAUCUAACAGAGCAAGUGCUGCUAUUCUCCAAAGACCAACUAUGAAAACUGUGGGACAGUCAUCAAAUCAAGGUAACAAGGCUGCUAAAGAAGUGCAAGUAUUAUUAAGCUUUACAAUUACUGCAUGUUGUGAGAAUGGUCUUCUCUAGUUCUUAUUACAAUUAACAAUUGAUCACCAAAGUGGAGGUAAAUAUCCAUCACUUUCACUAACACUGAGGGGAAUAAUUGUGUAAGUAUAUACCACACAGACACCAGAAAAACGAGUUUAUUUCUUUCAAUACAUUGAAAAUGGUCAGAAAUUAAACUCUUGACUUGCAGUUUUGUCUUGUCACUUGCUUAGAGGUGAAUGGUACUUGUUAUUCACUUUCGAACUAGCCAAUCAGUGGAUUGGGACUGGGUGUUAUAUGCUAAUUAUUAUCAUCAUUAUCAUUAUUGUCAUUAUCAUCAUUAUUAGUGGUAGAAGUAGUGUUCAACAUUUGUUAUUAUUAUUUGACAAUAAUGGAGGUUUUCUUUGAUGUAAAUAGCAUUGAUGACCUUGUCAUUCAAUAUCAAUGAUGCAAGGAUUAUCUUCAAAUUUUCAGUAAUUGGUACAGGCUGGGAUUUUUAAAAAGAGAGCUGUAGACAGAGGGUUAUCAUGUAAUUGUAAUUGAUAUAAUUUUUUGCUCAGAAACGGUUUGUACUAAGGAGCACUCAUGGUAAAAUGUUGAUCACCUUUAUAGGUUUUUCUUCAGUUCCAGAGAGGUAUAAAAGCCACUCCAACAAAUCAAUGAACAAUUUUCUCAAAGCUCCACCCUUUCCUAGAAAUAAAUCAUUCAAACAAGGUAAUUCAGGACAAGCAGUCAAUCAUAUGGAGAAUGGUUUAAAUUCCUCAAGAAGUUCUGUAUUCCAAGGAUCUACGUUGCAAAGCAAGAGACCCUAUUUAGACUCUAUUGGUUCCGCAAAUUCAAUAGCUUGGCAUCAACCACAUACAUCAAACCUGAUGCUAGUAGCCAAGCGAUCAGUGAUAUGGGAAACAUUGUCGCAAGCAUUGAGACUAAUGUGUCAGGUGGACACCCCCUUAGUCUUGGACACCCACUUGGAGUGGUGGUUACAAAAUCAUCAGUAG